AUGGAAAAAAAUAAAGAAAAUUCGAGGAAUGUGGAGUUGAAUUUAGGGAAUUCAUUGAACGGUGGAUCACAAGGAAGUGUUGCUUCAAGUUUGACUGAGCUUGAAACCCAACAACCACCUAAUCGAUGGAGAAGUGCUAAAGAAGUUAGAGAGAAGCUGAGAAAAUUCUUGUACAACAUGCCUAGUGUUUUUUAUGAUGGACCAAAUGGAAAGAAGACGAAAGGAUACUUCUUAUACUCGUUUAUGAAGAGAGAAGAUUUGAAGAUAGUUUGUGCUUGUCAUGCUAAUUUUCUGACCCCAGCUGAAUUUGUCAAACAUGGUGGUGGAGGUGACGACGUUGAAAAUCCUUUAAAGCAUAUAAGUAUAAUUCUUGACUACUGA